AUGUUAAACUCAAAUAUUAAAUCUCUUACAUCUAGAUAAGAAAUUAAACCAAUUAAAGCCAAUAUAACAAGGUAUCUAAAAUUAAUUAAUCAUAUAGAGAAUAAUAUCAAACCUUAACCAAACUAUAUACCUUAGGUAAAGUCAAAACUGCUGAAAGUGAUCUAAAUUUAUAAUAGUAAUAAAUAUCUAUCCAAUAAUAAUAAUAUACUAUUACACCUAAAAAUAAUACACCAUAAUCAUGUAGAACUGCAUAAGAAGUAUUAAUAUAUAGUAAACAAAAAAAGAUGAGAUAUUUUUUGUAUUAGAAAAAUAAUCUUAAAGAACAAGGAAAAAAUUCAAAUAAUUCAUAAGUAUUGCCUAAAACGAAAAAUAGUUUACAUCGUAAUUUCUCUUAAUUAGAAAAGUCAGCUAAUACCUUACUUACACCUAUAAUUUAAACAACCACAACACCAUAAUCAAAAUAAAAAAAAUAUAAUCUAAUGUCAAUCGAUUAAAAAUUACCAUCAAAUCAAUUUGCAUAAUAAAUUGCAUAAUAAUUAAAAAAAAAGAAUGAUACAAAUAAGAAAGAAAAUUUAAAAUUUAGUUUAGAUGAUUUCAUUACUUAAGUGAGUAGAACAAAUACUAAACUAAUCUCCCCUUUCAAAUAAACUAAAUCUUUAUCUCCAUCGACAAGAGUUGAAUCAGCCAAGCCUAGAAGUAAUGAUCCAAAAUCUAUAUAGAAUAAAUAUAUUAUAUUUCUUCGUUAGUUGAAGCAUUUAAACAUUCUUUUCCUUAAACAUCUUAGUAAUAAUUAUUUAGAGAUCAUGCAAUUUAGACAUUUAAUUGUAUUGGAUUUUGUAUUAAUCUAUAAGAAUCAGACUAAUAGAUUAUUUAAUCUAAAUUAUUAAAUUUACCACCAAAAUUGAAUUGCAAAUGUAUAAUACUACAAAGAUAAUAUUAGAUUAAAAAACAGUAGUUUUUGAUCUUGAUGAAACAUUGAUUCAUUGUAAUGAAAAUUAAACACUAAAGGCUGAUGUAUAUUUACCUAUAACAUUCCCUUCAGGUGAUACAGUCUAAGCAGGUAUAAAUAUAAGACCUUAUGCUAAAUGGAUACUUUAAGAAUUAAGUUAAAUAUGUGAAGUCAUUGUUUUCACUGCAUCUCAUUAAUGUUAUGCUAGUUAAGUGAUUUAAUAUCUAGAUCCUAAAAAUUAAUUACUUUCAGCAUAAUUAUUUAGAGAUAAUUGUGUUUUAUCACCAGAUGGAGUACAUAUAAAAGAUUUGAAAAUAUUUAAUAGAGAUCUUAAAGAUAUUAUAUUAGUUGACAAUGCUGCAUAUUCUUUUGGAGUUCAUAUAGAGAAUGGAAUUCCAAUUAUUCCAUAUUAUGAUAAUAAGGAUGAUAAAGAAUUGAAAAAUUUAUAUGAUUUUUUAAUUGAAUAAGUAUUGCCAGCACCUGAUUGUAGAUUAGUCUUAUAAUCCACAUUUAGAUUAAGAGAAUAUUUAAAAUAUAAUGAACCAAAGUUAGCUAUUGAAAAGCUAUUCUGA